AUGCACAUGCACAUGCACACGCAAGCGCACCGAGCACACGAAGCCACGGGCGAGACGGCAGCGAUGCGAGCAGCCUGUACAGUAGCCACGGACAACAGCAGCAGCAGCAGCAGCAGCGAUUGGGCAUUUUCCAAGCCUACCAAGCCUAUCAGAGACAUCAACAACCAGAGGAACAGGCUGGUGUCGAUGGGCAAGAAGGAAGAAGGAGGAAAAGGAGGGGAAGAAGAAGAAGGAGAAGAAGAAGAAGGAGCAACCUUCACUCGUGCUCCCUCGCUCCUGCCUCUCCCUCUGGCCGGCAGACUGUCGUCAGCCAAGGAUGCGCGGCUCAGAAAGAAGAAAUCAAUCAGUGUCGACAACAGCAGACCAUCAUGGUUCGAUGCGAUGAGCCUCGCCCUCGCCCUCGUCGGUGCACGUGAAAGUUGGGGAGGAAACCUCGGAGGUCUUGCGACUCGAUUCUCCACGCCCAUCGUCACCAUGCUUACCAUGUUCUCUGGGUCCAAAAUUACCGAGCUGCCGCCUGGUGUCCAUGCCUCCUCGCCUUCCUCCCAACUGCGCGCAAGGGGCGUCUCCACCCCGCCCGCACCCACACCCGAACCAACAGUGACAAGCGACUAUGGCGAGCAGAGGCGGCGAGAGCAUCACGAGGCCGACAUGGUCAUUGUAGGCGCCGGUAUCGUCGGCUGCGCGGCUGCCGUCGCCUUUGGCAACCAGGGCAGGAGCGUCCUCUUGCUGGAGAAGAGCCUGAAAGAGCCGGACCGCAUUGUGGGCGAGCUUCUGCAGCCGGGCGGUGUGGCUGCGCUGGAGAAGCUGGGGAUGAGGGACUGUCUCGAAGACAUUGACGCCAUUCCAUGUUACGGCUACCAAGUCUCAUACUACAAUGAACCCGUUCACAUUCCUUACCCCGACAACCUCGUCUCCUCGGCGUCCUCGAAACGCCCAGAGGGUCGCUCCUUCCAUCACGGUCGCUUCAUCUCCAAACUGCGCGCCAAGGCCGCCGCCACGCCCAAUGUCACCGUCGUCGAAACCACCGUCAUCGACACCGUCACAUCCGAUCACUCGGGCCAGGUCGUCGGUGUCCGAUGCCAGACAGACGGCAAACUGGAUUACUACUUUGGCGCCCUCACCCUCGUCGCUGACGGCUACGCAUCCAAAUUUCGGAAACAAUAUCUCCCCCAUCAGCCCCAGGUUCGCUCCAAAUUCUGGGGGCUCGAAAUGAUCGAUGCCGACCUUCCCCGUCCCAACCACGGCCAUGUCAUCCUCACCGACGCGCCUCCCAUCCUCAUCUACCAGAUCGGCACCCACGAAACCCGAAUCCUCGUCGACAUCCCCGAAGGUCUCCCUAGCGCCAGCAUAAAAGCGGGUGGUGUGAAGAAUCACAUGCUCAACGUCGCCUUGCCAAACCUCCCACCCUGUACCCAACCCGCUUUCCGUCGCGCCGUUGAAGCCGGAAAACUACGCUCCAUGCCAAACUCGUUCCUCCCACCCGCCACCCAAAAGCAAGCCGGCUUGAUCAUGCUAGGCGAUGCCAUGAACAUGCGUCACCCCCUCACCGGCGGCGGAAUGACGGUAGCCUUCAACGAUGUGGUGACGCUGUCGACUCUCCUUGCCCCCGAAAACGUUUCCUCGCUCGAAGACACCUCUGCCGUCCUCGGCGCAAUCAGUACCUUCCACUGGCAGCGCAAGAAUGGCUCGUCAGUCAUCAACAUUCUAGCCAUGGCCCUGUACUCGCUAUUCGCUGCCAAUAAUGAAUACCUUUCCAUGCUCAAAGUCGGCUGUUUCCGCUACUUCCAGCUUGGCGGUGCUUGCAUCAGUGAGCCGUGUGGUAUGCUGAGCGGGCUCAUUACGAAUCCAUGGAUGCUCGUCUAUCACUUCUUCAGCGUCGCCUUUUAUGCUAUUUGGUGUCGACUGCAGGACGUUGCGGUGUGGAAGGCGCCAUAUGUGCUGUUGGUGGAGAGUGUCAUGGUGAUUUAUACUGCGGCGAGGGUCAUAGGGCCGUAUUUGGUUUGGGAGGUUAGGCGGUAG